AUGGGUGAGAAGAAGAAGAUGAUGAUGAAGAAGAAUAAAGAGAAAAAAUCACCGAAGAAAAAGAUACCAACCGGACGCGGCGAAGAGAAAUUGCCAUAUCUCCCAAUCGCCGACGUUAGAGACUGGGGACGACUGCAGAUUAUAAGGAGCAACAUGUCGGAAACCGGCGGGAUCACCAAAUCAUGGGUGGUCUCGUCGCCCUCUUGCAACCUUAAUCAGCCGCCGCCGCACAGACAAACCUGCCCUCAGCUCGCUCUAAUUGGCAUCCCUUUCAGAGAUGCCCGAAUUCCCGGCGAAUACAGUAUGAAGAGGUUUUGCCACCAACGCCAAGUGACCUUUUAUUCUACUGAUACUUUUCUCUCCAACUUGUUUCGGUACAGUAAUUACGGCACGCACAGUGACUAUAGUGUCCCCUUGAGACGUGCUCUGACUUCCGGCAACACAAGAAUGGUCGUAACCGGCCUUGAUUCACCGGCUUUUGCAUUCUCCAACAAAGUGGAACAAAAUUACGUGUCCAAGAUCUGCUAUUACUCUCGCCGCGUGUGGAAAACGAGCAACUGCAGAGUUAUAGAGCCUUUUUCGGCCACCAAUCGUCAGUACAUGGAGUUCACCAACGCCAUUGGAUUAGAAGGGAAGUUCUACGCUAUCAGCCUGCAGGGCAGCCUCGCAAUAAUCGAGGACAGUGAUGGCUCCGGGGAUUACGAGAUUACUCGUCUGGGAACUAAUCGAGCAGUCCCUUCUAAGCCCUGCAGACACUUUAGGGAGUACUUGGUACGGUGCGAAAGCGAAAUCUUUUUGGUGCUUUUGCUAUCAAUGGCUUUGGUGAAUGUUGUGGACGACGUGGAGGUUUUCCGGUUGGAUGAAUGGAGAUUGUGUUGGGAGAAAGUGGAGAGGCUUUCGGAUGAUGCCGUGUUUUUUGUGCAGGAGGAAUGCUGUUUGGGGAUGUCUGCGAGUUUUUUGGGGUGCAAAAGCCGGAACAACUGUGUCUACUUCAGGUAUGAGAAGGCAGAAACUUGGUUUUGUUUUGACAUGAAAACGAGACGCAUUUCGACUACAAUCGGACCUGUGAUUGACCGUCCAAUGUAUUAG